AUGCGACUUCAACCCAAUGAGGCUGUGUAUAUCAAGACCAAUGUCAAGAAGCCUGUUCUAGCCACCAAGCCCAUCAUGUCCGAAUUGGAUCUGAGCUACAAGGAGCGAUAUGAUGUGGAACUUUUUGAUGCCUACACUCGUCUCAUACUGGAAGUCAUUCGUAGACGCCAAGCUACCUUUGUGAGAGACGACGAACUAGAGGCAUCUUGGGACAUUUUCACACCCCUGUUGCACCAAAUCGAUGACGGCAAAGUCAAUCCAAUCUUUUACGAGUAUGGCAGCCGCGGGCCUUCCAAAUCUGAUCAGUUGACAGAAAGAGUUGGGUACUACACAUGGGAGAAGAACAAACAAUUGGAGAGCAAGAAAUCUAAAUGUGAGAAUGCUUAUAUCCUCUCAUGCUAG